UCUUGCAAGAUGGGUCACCAGCAGCUCUGCUGUAGCCAUCCAAGGAAAUUUGGCCAGGAUUCUUCUUCUUGCCUUGUCUGCUCAAACCAGCAUGGUUUGAUCCAGAAAUAUGGCCUUAACAUGUGCUGCCAGUGUUUCUGUCAAUACAUGAAGGCUACAGGCUUCGUUAAGUUGGAUUAAGUGAACUUUCUUGAAUGGGUAAUCCAAGAU